AUGCCCGAGCCACCGUAUCCUCUGCAUUCGUCAGUUAUCAACCGCAUUAACCCGGAAUACAAAGACUUUUACAACAAACACGUCUUCGACAAACAAGUUGUUCAUCACCAACCUAUUUCGACGUCUCGGGCUAGUGGCACUCUGAUACCGGGUGCUGGGCCAAAGCUAGAGGUUGCAAGCUCCGAGGACAUCACCAUUCCGAGGAAAGAGACAAGUGGACCAGAUAUUUUGAUUCGAGCUUUCACACCAUUAGGCGAGCGACCUACUACAGGAUGGCCCCUGUGCUUCUGGUUUCACGGUGGUGGAUGGGUUUUGGGAAACAUUGACACGGAGAACGUCAUUGCUACGCAUCUCUGCAAUCGGGCAAAGUGUGUUGUCAUUUGCGUGGAUUAUCGGCUUGCUCCAGAGGAACCAUUCCCUGCCGCAGUUGACGACUGCUGGGAGUCUCUUCUCUGGGCCAUCUCCACUGGCGUCGACAAACUCAACCUCGACACCUCCCGUAUCGCUCUUGGCGGCUCUUCAGCCGGCGGGAACCUCACAGCCGUCAUGUGUCAGCGCAUUAGCAAGCGGUCAGACAUCCCGCCCAUCGCUGUUCAGCUGCUCUCGGUACCCGUUGCAGACAACACCGCGACGGUCGACUCUCAGAAACCAGAGCACGCAUCGUGGAAGGAGAACGAGUUCACGCCUGCCCUUCCCGCGGAAAAGAUGAUGUGGUAUCGCUACCAUUACCUGCCCGUCAAGGAGACCUGGGAGCAUCCUGAGGCGAGCCCAUUGCUCUGGCAAGGCGAUUGGUCAAAGCUUCCUCCCGCGGUGGUCGUUGUGGGCGAGUUAGAUGUUUUGCGAAGUGAGGGCGAGGCUAUUGGCAAGAAGCUCCAAGAUGCCGGGGUCCAAGUUGACUUACAUUUCAUGAAGGGACAGCCGCACCCGUUUAUCGCUAUGGAUGAGGCGCUCGAAGAUGGGAGAAGAGCCAUUACUCUGUUUUGCGACAAGUUGGUGGACCUACUUUAG